AUGCCACCGGAGGCAACAGAUUUAGUCGAUUAUUUUGAUAUCACAUAUGUCCAUGGGUCUUACAGAAGUGUUCAGCAUAAUCCGAAUAAUGGUAUCAGACUUCGAAAUAUUGCACCGCUCUUUCCACCAUCAAUAUGGAAUGUCUAUCAAACUACCCUUGAUAAUGGACAUCGAACUAACAACAAAACAGAAGGGUGGAACCAUCGUUUUUCAAAAUUAGUAGACCACAAUCAUCCUUCUAUUUGGACAUUAAUAAAGAAAAUGAGGUUAGAGUUGUCUUCUGAUGAAACAAAGUUAGCCCAAUUCGCAAUAGGCAAUUUAAUUUGA